AUGUGCCUCAAAUGUGUCAAAGAAACGGAUGAGGAUUCUGACGCUGUUCAACCUCCACUGAUCGACGAUGUACCGUCCUCCAGUGCCAGUCAGGAAAACCCGACAAGUGCCCACAAGUGCUCUAGCAUUCAGGAGCACUCUAGAGCAGGGGACCUUGCUCCUGAAGCUGGAGAGUCUGAGGACCAUCGUCUUGAGGGUUUCUUUGAGACGGAGUCUGGCGUGAAUAUUCAACAUGCUAUCGAACCACUUGAAGACAACGAAAGUACCGGGCUCACAGGUGCCUAA